GUGGCAGAGUAUUGGAACGCGUGGUGGUGAGCCGCUCUAACACUACUUAGCGCCGGUGUGUCCUGCUGCCUCCCUCCUCCAGUGUCCAGUGCGCCGCUCGUGACUCCCGCCCUGCCCUAGAAAUGUGCUCUCGGUGUUUUUGAGUUGUCGCUUUAGUGUGUUAUCACCAUGACUAAAGAAAUGAACAAGGACGCCGAGGCUUACGAUCGGGAAUAUGAUGGAUUUCUGAAGCAGCUUGAGGAGUUUCAUCAGCAGAGAGGGACGCCAUUCAAGCGCCUACCACGUAUUAAUGGCAAGGGAGUGGAUCUGUAUCUUCUCUACGUGGUGGUGACGGCGCGCGGCGGCUGGCAGAAGGUCAAUGCCCGAUGUGAGUGGGAAGACAUUCUUGAGGACUUCCGUCUGCCAGCUGCCUGUGUCAACUCUGCCACAGCCUUGAAGCACAUCUACAUCAGAUACCUUGAUGCUUAUGAACGCGUUAAUUUCCUCGGGGAAGAUGGAGAGGAGCGCGGAGCAGAGAUGGACGAAGGAGAGGACUCCAGACUGAUGAGGACCAAGCGGGCCAUCAGGUCCCUCAACACUGUCCCGCUCGCUUACAACCACCAGCAGCACAAUGUUCUAGAAUCCAUGAGAGGCAGCGGAGGCAUGUCAGUUGAUCUGUACAGACCCUCAUUGUAUGACAAGCUGGCCCUCUCCUUGGUGUCCCCGUUGCCAAAUGAACAUGAUUUUGCCUUCAAUGUGUGCACCAUCCUGAGCAAUGAGGGUCGUCAUGUGCUCCAGCUAUCACACUGCCCCAUCCUGGUGGAACACAUGCUGGGACACACUGGAGUGUACAGAGAUUGGGAAACUCAAAAGUUUUUCCUGACCAAUUAUAAAGAAGCCAAAGGAAGAAGCCUUAUACAGUUCUGGAUAGAUUCAGUUCAUGACCGGAGUGUUUUGGACCUCCUCAUCCCCUCUGGCCUGGACCCCAAGUCAUCUGCAGCUGAGGGGAAUGGGGAGCUGAGAAGAUACAGUCUCGUGGACCUUUCUAGUGGUGCUAUAGAUAAUAAGAAUUUGCUAAAUUUGAGUAGUGAUAGUCUGGAGUUGUUUGAUGAUAAGGAAGAAGUUGACGAGGAUGACACGUGUGACAACGCCUUCCUGCGGGAUGGGUGUAUGGCGGGUGGCACAGCACUGAAAAUUGCUGGCAGAAUAAACAGUGCUAAUUUUGACAGUUUAGGUGAGCCUGACUAUAGGAGAAUUCCUCCGUUGGAGAUAAUUACACAAGCCCUCCGAAGAGAUCCCAUCCUGAGGCGACUAGAGAAGGUCUUGGAGUGUGAAGGCAGUGACCUGAAGUUAGCAAAAGAUGAUGGAGAAAUAUUUCAUCUAGGAAGAGACCUUGGAUCACAGGACCCAGAAGGGACAAGAAUAAGCCAAAUUCUUCAUGUUAUUCGUAAUUUAUCAUUUGAGGAGCACAACGUGGGCAUUCUUGCAAGAUCCCACACCUGUCUAAAGUUUCUUGUCUUGUGCAUCUGUUCACGGUGGGGUGGGCUGGCUGUCAAUGCCUUGGACACACUGGGCAACAUAGCACCAGAGAUAACUCUUCAGGAACCAAAGCUGGACUCCUGCUCUGCCUUGUUCUUGUCCAAUAUCUGUCAUGGUGUGUCAUCACCCGACAGAGCAUUUGUCCUCAGGUCCCUUGAAAUCCUCAACAAGUUAGCCAUGAAUGAUCCCAAUGAGGAGAUCCUGAACCACUACAUAGACUCUUCGGUUUAUGAUCAGAUAUGUCGUUACCUGACAAUUCACGACAUCAUGCUGCUCAUAUACACCCUGGAGUGCCUGUAUUCUCUCUCCUCCCUUGGCACCCCGGCCUGCAAUGCCAUUGUGCGGGCCAAGGGCUCCAUCCACACCCUUAUCUCUCUGUUGACUGUAGAGGCACAAAGCUAUGGACCAGAGGCAUGCAUAGGAAUGAAGGUCGUGGAAACAGUAACAGGUGUUGUGAGUGAACCUGAACCUGUGAGUCAACCACCACCACCUCCCACCCCAGCUCCUGCCACAGUCCCAGUUACUACUGUAGGUGUGGCAGCUGUGACACCAGCCACGCCAGUAGUCGCCAUCAGUAAUCCUGUUGUCUCGGUGCCUGCAGGGUCCACUGUCACUCCUAAGACCCCCAUUGUUAAAUCUGUUUCCACUACGCCUGUAACUCCUGCACUUAGCUCGGAAGUUAGUGCUGGGCGAAUAGUUCCGCCUGAGGUGGAGGAGUUUGUCAAGGAUUGGGUCACUAAAAAUUAUGAGGCUGCCCCUGGUAAUGCCAUAGAACAGGCCAUUGUAUACCGUCACUUUGCAGCCUCCAUGCAGUCUUUGGGUCGCAAGCAAGGCCUCAACCCAGUGCUCUUAUCUAACUGUGUAAGGAAGGUGUUUGGGACUGGUGUUGGACCCAGCAGACGGCCAGUGGAUGCGGGCUCAGAGAAGUGGCACUACAAUGGCAUUCGACGGCGAGACGGCAUUGUGGUUCCUCCAUUGCCUGACAAGAAGAGGGGAAUGAGGGUCAACAAUUCCGUACCAGUUUACAGCCCGACGCCAGUUCUCCCUCCAGUAAACAGCAUCAGUGCCCAGGUGUCACGAAAUAUUCAAAAGCAGCAGCAGCAGCAGCAAACCACUGAUAACAGCCAAGAUAGUAGCAGUGAUUCUCAAGUUAGGAAAACAUCAUUUAAUGGAAUAUGUAAUGAGAUAAAGAAAUGUGAAGAGGACUCUAAUUCUCUACUUUCUAAUACUCUCAAUGAGAAGAAAGUAACAAGUUUUGAGGGGAUCUUACAAAAUGGUAUCAAAGCUGAAAUCGAUAUCAAGGAAGAGCAAGAACCUAAGGCCAAGAAGAACGUCUUAGCUGACCUCCUAGAAAAGACUGUUGGAGGAGACAUUUUGAAUGGGGUUGUGGAGCGCGAGUUAAGAAUUAGUGAUCGAAGCUUAGAGUUUGUUAACAAUGGCCAGCAAGUUAAAGUAAAUGGUCCUGUCACCAGUAAUGGACAGGCUGGAGCAGAAACUGGGCAAGGUGUGAAGAGGCCUGCCACUCCAGACAAUACUCCUGCCAAGAGGAUAGCCAUUGAGGACCCAAGAGCUGGGACAGAUAGUCGCAUCACAUUGUACGUUAGUCAAAAUGGAAAUGAGAGUGGGGAAGUGAUAUCUCAAGGACAUCAAGUGGUGCUGAGCCAAGGGCAGCAGCUGGCAACCACAAACACCACUGGACCCCAGCAGAUGGUAGUGAGCCAGGCUGUGUUGGCCGGGCAACAACAAGGAGCUGCCACACAGACUGUUGUCACCCCUCAAGGACAGGUGAUCCUCCAGCGGCCUGCCACUCAGACUGGAAUGAUUGUUCAGCAGGGUGGUCAGAUUAUUCAGGGGGCCACUGCUGGACAGGUUAUUCAACAAGUUAUACAGCAGGGACAGUCAGGACAGCCGCAGAAAGUCAUCUUACAUCAAGGACAAGUGUUGGGUGGCCAAAUGAUUCUCUCUCAAAACAGUAGUGGUCAGCACCAAGUACUAGUGCAGGGCGGGAAUAAUUUUCAGGGACAGGUGAUCAUGCAAGGUGUGCCGCACUGUCAGGGGCAAGUAUUUGUGCAAGGAAACAAUACUCCAGGUCAGUUGGUGAUGAGUAGUAAUCAAGGCCAGACAGUAGUGGUGUCUGGUGGCACUCAAGCACAGCAGCAAGUGGUAGUGUCGAGUGCUCAAGGCCAGGCCAUGAUAGUAGCUGGAAAUCAAGGUCAACCAGUGGUAGUAAGUGGACAGCAAGGUCAGAGUGGCCAAGUUGUGGUGCCUAGUAAUGUAAGUGGCACAGUACUGUUGGCUCCUCAGCAGCAAGGAUCCACAGCAAAGACCCUCAUUAUAUUGCCCAACCCUAAGAUGAUAGUGUCAGGGACUCAGCACCAGGGUGCUCAGGGCCAACAGUUGGUGCUACCCCGGCAGGUAGCUGGCCAGCAAGUUGUACAGGUGGUGUCCUCAACUACCACAGGACCAGUGGCUACUGUGUCAACUGCUGUGAGAACUGUGCAUGCCAGUGCCCCUGUAGCAGCAGAAACCUGUGCUACCCCUGCCCCUCCCACAGUCCAAAUUCAAACUUCUAGUAGUGGUAACAGCAGUGCCAGUGUAUCCACAUAUAGUGCUCAGAAUCCAACCACCCUAUCUACUGCCAUUGCUCCUGCCCCAGCUGGUCCCACAGCUGUUCCAGUGACACAGACUUCAGUGAGUCAGGGGCCUCAGACUCCCCAUAUCCCAGCCCCACAGGUGCUCUCCUCUGGUGUAGCAAGACGGCAGGGCAAACCCAGUGGUUUACAGUAUUUAUGUGAGUGGCGGGGAUGUAACCAGGUAUUCACCAGUGCAGCUCAAGUGUACCACCAUGCCUGCAAGAUCCACUGCCCUCCACACAUAGCAGAGAUCCAAUGCGGCUGGGCAGGCUGUGACCCCAUGGUGAGACGCCGGUUUAGUGCCAUGACUCACCUCCACGACCGGCACUGUAAUGAGCAGCUGCUUCAAAUUCUUGCUGUGAGACGAUCCCAGCUAGCCAGCACAGGCAAAACCGAAAUACCAGUCCCACAGACGCCACCUCCACACCCAGGUUAUGCCCCAAAUGCAGCCUUCCAUGCUAUCAAGAGGCAUGCCCUUGAGGUUAUUAAUCAGAGAGAUGCAGUGGAAAAAGAGGGACCGGUAACAAAAAGUAUCCGAUUGACUGCGGCGCUUAUCCUGAGGAACCUAGUCAUAUACUCCAAUACUGGAAAGAAGCUGUUGCGGGGAUACGAGUCAGAACUAGCCAACGUUGCCCUCAGCACAAUGGAAUCCUCACGAACGGUAGCGCAGAUCCUAUACGACAUCGGCCUUCCUGACCACCAGGGCUUAUAGGCAAACUUGAAUCCUUGCUGAGGACUCCUGAAGCAAUCCAACCUUCUUGGUAGCUGUAUGAGGGAUUCAAAACUAAGACUCCCCAGAACUCUUCCCUAGCAGAUGAAGAAGUGAACAAAAGGAGAGUGAGUGUUCUUACAAAUGCUGUAGAGCAAACUCAAGUGUAGUCCACGUAGAACUUUUUCAUCUGCGACUGAUAUGUGAUGUGAGGUCGGUGAGAGCGUCGAGUCUUUUGUGUGAACUAGGCGCAUUGCUAGUGCAAUUACAAAGCUUCAAAAUUGAGACGAGUGUUAGCUGAAAAAAUGAGUCUCGUGAGGUAUUUAUGUUGUGCCAGUGAUCAGGUGAAAGGUUUGUGUUCUUGCUUUUUGGAGACCUGCCUUGUAGAUGUUUCCUUUUUUCAGGUUCUUUUGGCAUUUAGGUACAUUGUAUAGAAGUACUUCUGUUUUUACUAUUUAUUUUAUUGACAUUUUGUUUCCCUUAAGUUCGAGCUUGUUUAGCCAGUGUUGCAGUGUAGAUACUGCAGUAGUUGGGUACUUUGUUUUAAUGAGUAAUCUCAAAUGGCUAUGAUUCUAGACCAGUUAAGCAUAAAUGAUGGAUCUGUAAGCACAAUUUUGUAAAUUUUGUACACAGUGUAUAAAUAAUAUUAACUUCUGUACAUGUAGACUAAUAAUAGAGAUUGUUUCUUCUGCUGAAAGCAAGUUAAAGACAAGUUUCCUCCAGUCCACAGUCUUGAGAGAGGCAGCUGAGGGUGGUGCAAGGGAUCCUGUGGAGUGUGCUGGCACUCAUUGGGAUCCCUAUACAACAAGGGCAAGUUCUUGGAAGGAAAAAUGUUGUGAUACCAAAUAUAUAAUCUUGUUUUUAUAGAAAAAAUGAAGUACACGGAAAGCUAAUUCUAUUUUCUAUCAUUAUUUGUAGAAUUAUAGAUAGUAGUAUAUUAUUUUUUACCAGUUUGACAUGUAUGAUGUAGAUAAUGGGCAGUGAAUAAUGAUUUUUAUGAAUAAUUUCUAUAAAAGAGAAGCAUAUACUCCGUGCAUCAAAAUGUCCCUUAGUUUUAUGUGUAUGUAAAUGGGAGAUGGGGAAGCAUUGUGGUCAAGAUUGCCCUUCACUUGAAAGUCACUAUAUAAACUGUACCUGAGUCUCAUUUACUUUGUACACAUGUUCACAUUGUUGUUUUGACAUUUAGGUGUUAUUUUCAGGUUGGGACAUUUGGUAGCAUCCAGGCUGCAUCAGCCAUGUUGUGAAGUACAUAGGCAGGUACUUGAAACUGAGGGAAGGGGAAAAGAGCACCAGGCCUUACUGAAGAUGGUUUAGUCCACCCAACACUGCUGCUGCCAUGGUCUAAUCUGAUCUUUGUUAUUUAUUUAGUAAUUAACUUGCACUUAGAUGAGUUUGUGUGUGUAUGUGUGUGUGCUUGUGUGUGUGUGCAUGCAUGUGUACAUGUGUGUAUGUGUGUGUGUGUAAGUGAAGGGAAUGUUUUUGUACAUGGUGAUUGUCUCACAAGCUCCACAUCCCAGUGGUACCUUUGCAUCAUAUGACACAUGUUGGUGGGCACAAACUAUUAUACGUCCAAUCAGUCCUCCUUAGCCAGGUAAUACCUGACUAAUGGUUGUGUAUCUUCUCCAGCUCCCUGACAGGUGGUACCAAGUGCAGUGGGCAUGGUGGCAGUAGGCUCCUCUCUCCCACUUUCUUUACCAUUCCCAGUUGAACUUAUUCCUCCCUUCCCACCACCCACACCCAAACCAAUCUUUGUUUUUCUUUUUUUCCACCUUUACUGUUCAAACCACUGAUGCACUGAGCUGUGUCUUCUGUUACAACAACUCGCCAGACAUCAUUAUAAUUUUUUUAAUAAAAUAUUGUAAAUGUUA